AUGUCGAGCUCCCACUUGCGCCGACCGAACUUUUUGGUCAUCGUUGCCGACGACCUAGGAUUCAGCGAUUCCGGACCGUAUGGGUCAGAGAUCAAAACCCCGAACCUGGACCGUCUGGCCGCAUCUGGAAUCCGCCUGACGGACUUUCACACGGCACCUUCCUGUUCUCCAACAAGGUCGAUGCUCUUCUCAGGAACGGACAAUCACAUCGCCGGCCUAGGGCAAAUGGCCGAGCACAUGGCCUCAUUUGAGGAGGAGGUCUUCAAGGACCGCCCGGGCUAUGAAGGUUACCUGAAUUUCAGGGUUGCGGCGCUUUCUGAAAUCCUGCAAGAUGCAGACUACCACACGAUGAUGGCCGGCAAAUGGCAUCUAGGCAUGAAUGCAAAGACCUCCCCUUCCGCUCGUGGCUUUGACCGAGUAGCCACAUUGCUCCCUGGCGCUGGAAAUCACUUCAACUUCGAGCCGCAGCUGGACCAGGGCAUAAAGCCACCGGCAUUUCUAGCGAGCGAAGGCUUUUGGAUGGAGGACGAUAGAUUCUUGGACAGAAAGACCGAAUUGCCGGAUAAUUUUUAUUCGAGCAACUACUUCACCGACAAACUCCUCACAUUCAUGCAUGAACGGCCCCAGGAUAAGCCAUUCUUUGCUUAUCUCGCCUUUACGGCACCUCAUUGGCCGUUACAAGCUCCCAAAGCCGUGAGUGAUAAAUACAAAGGCUGGUACGAUGACGGGCCUGAGGCACUUCGACAGCGGCGACUUCAAAGCCUGAAAGACCUCGGACUGAUUCCGAAGGAUGCCAAGCCUGCCCCUAUGAAUACCCCACUGGCCAAGGACUGGGCCUCGCUAUCACCGGAGGAGAGAAUGAUUUCAUCGCGCAAGAUGGAGGUCUAUGCCGCCAUGGUCGAAGUCAUGGACGAGAACAUCGGUCGCGUCAUCGACGAACUCGAGUCCACGGGCGAAUUAGACAACACCUUCAUCGUUUUCAUGUCAGACAAUGGUGCAGAGGGCACUCUUCUGGAAGCAACACCUAUGGCCAGCGGCACCCCUCUGAUGGAAAUGAUUGCCAAGUUUUACGACAACUCUCUCGAAAAUAUCGGUCAGCACGACUCGUAUGUCUGGUACGGACCCCACUGGGCUUUGGCCGCGACUGCCCCUAGUAGGGCGUUCAAGGGCUUUACUACAGAAGGAGGUAUUCGAUGCCCAUGCAUCGUUCGUUAUCCAGUACUUGAUCGAUGCAAAGACAAAGACUUGAUCAGUCAUGAGUUCACCACGGUAAUGGACAUUCUGCCGACAUUUUUGGAUCUGGCGCAUGUGCCUCAUCCGGGAAACACUUUCCGAGGCCGCGACGUGGUCCCCGUCCGUGGCCGCUCGUGGGUACCCUAUUUGACCGGGGCGACUUCUGAGGUUUACGACAAGUCAAUUGAUGUGACGGGCUGGGAACUCUUUGGUUUACGAGGUAUCCGGCGGGGCAACUUCAAGGCUGUGCUCAUCCCACCCCCACGAGGUAGCGGCAAAUGGGAGCUGUAUGAUUUAUCCAGCGAUCCCGGUGAGACAGUUGACUUGUCGUCAAAGGAGCCAGCUAUCAUGACCCAGAUGUUGGCCGACUGGGACCGUUAUUUUGCCGAGACUGGCAUGUUUGAAAUCGAAUACUCGAAAAAGAAGAAACUGCCCAAGGUGACAGGUGCCUAG